UGCAUUACUGAUUCACGGCAUCCAUCCAUUAAGUAACACCGAAGCAAAGACAGUCUUUCAAGUAUUGUCAGCAGCGCGGUAGGCUUAGUAAACCCAUCAUUGUAUAGCCUGAAAAAUGCUGGAGAUCUUACAGAAGCUUGUGUAUCUGUUUCACUGGUGAAAUGCGAAAAUGGUUUUCAAGGGCUGGGACCAAGACCACAUAUAAUAGAAAGAAUGGCAUCUCACGGCCCACAUCUAAAGGAGAAUACCAAUGAGGAUGAUGCAGCUGACAUCCCACCAGAAGACUACCACUUUGUUGAGCAUUCUCAUUCGACCCACGUCCUAACCGGAUUUAGCGAGCUUCGUCAAUCAGGAUUAAUGUGUGAUGUUAUACUUUGUGUGGAUGGGCAAGACUUUCCGUGCCACAGAGCUUUGUUAGCAUCCUUUAGUACCUAUUUCCGUGCAAUGUUUUCUGGCGAGCUGGCUGAGAGUCGUCAAGAGCGCGUUUCCCUGAACGGUGUUGAAUCGAGUAUAGUGAGUCUUCUAGUGGACUUUGCAUACACCUCGGAAAUCAUGAUCACAAAGUCGAAUGUGCAAUCUCUACUCUCGGCUGCUAAUCUUCUUGGUGUGCUCGCUGUGCGCGAUGCCUGUUGUCGGUUUAUGCAACGCCACAUGGAUGCAACAAAUUGCCUUGGGAUCCACUGUUUCGCAGAGGCUCAUGCUUGUACUCCGCUGCAGGAACUUUCAAAAACGUUUGUUCUAAAACACUUCAAGCACGUCUCGAACACAGAAGAUUUCUUUAACCUUCCUUGUUCAAAGGUUAUCGAGUUCAUCUCUGAUGACUAUCUCUGCAUUGAUCAGGAGGAAGAGGUCUUUGAGGCAGUGAUGCGCUGGUUUGAUAUGGAUUCUGAGAGUCGACAAAGUGACAUCGAGAAAGCAUUUGAACACAUACGACUGCCUCUCAUGAGUGUGUAUUUUCUACAUGACUGUGUUGAGAGCCGAAACGUUAUUAUGCACUCGCAAAGAUGUCGACAGUUAGUGGAGGAGGCUAAGAACUAUCAUUUAUUGCAGGAUCGUAGAGCAGAGCUUUACAGCCCACGCACUAGACCUCGCAGAUCUACAGGAACCUGUGAGGUCAUAAUAGCAGUCGGUGGAGAAGAUGAUAAAGUGGUGUUAAGAAGUGUGGAGACAUUUGACCCACAUACCAACCAAUGGCGGACGUUGGCCUGCUUGCCUUUUGCAGUCAGCAAGCAUGGCCUGGUUGUGUCAGGAAGCAGUAUUCUGUACUUAGCUGGCGGGGAAUUUCCAGACGGAUCAGCAAGCAAGGAUGUUUGGCGAUACGACCCGUCUUGUGACAAUUGGGCACAAGUUUCCCCCAUGAACUAUCCGCGGUCUGAACUAGGUGUGGCUGCAGUCGAUGGUUACAUCUAUGCUGUUGGGGGAUGGGAAGGGUCAGCUAGGCUGGAUUCCGUCGAGCGGUACAGCCCAUCAACAAACACUUGGACGUUUGUGUCUCCGAUGAAGAUGGCACUUACAAGCCCCGCAGUGGUAUCCCAUGAAGGCAAACUCUUUGUUAUGGGUGGCGCUGUUCUAGAGGAUGGGGAUGGUAUUGACCUUGUCCAGUGCUAUGAUACCAGGACUGACCAGUGGACAGAGUUACAGCCAAUGACCAUUGCUAGAUCUGGCUCGGCAGCUGUCGUCCUCAACGGAUACAUAUAUGUCAUAGGUGGAUGGCACGCUUCGACAGAGAACACCAACAAAGUUGAGCGUUUCAACAUAGCACGGAGUGAAUGGGAGAUCCGCGCGCCCAUGAAUGAACGUCGCUAUCGCCCAGGCCUUGCAAGUAUCGACGGAAAAAUUUACGUGCUCGGCGGAGAGGAAGGCUGGGAUCGCUAUCACGAUACCAUCGAGAGCUACCAGGAGGAACAAGACUCUUGGGAAAUUAUUGGAGAGAUGCCUACGAGCCGCAGCUGGCUUAGCUGCGUAGCCGUUCAGUUGAAGGAGGUACGCGAUAAGGUCGAAGAUUCUUGCCCCGAGCCUCCAUAAUUUAUAAAUCACAGGGUGUAUGAUUGGGUGCAUUGUGUCAGGGUGUGGUGCACGGUGUUUUCAGCAUUCAAAGGUGCAAAUGCAAAUAUUUUCAAGAUGGAUAAUUAAUUGCAUUUGUGCUAACACAGUAAUUGUGAGAAAGUAAAGAUAGUUACAAGUAUUGCAGUACCAUCUUCCCAUAGAUAUUCACAUAGAUGUUACAAUUGUACUUCUUGGUCCAGUCACAUGAUAAGAUCAGAUUUCAUUCAAAAGCUUGCAGCCAUCUAGAAGAAAAGAUCAUGCAGAUGCUAAAUUCAAGGUUCCUAGUAUAUCAACAAAAAUAUGUAUAGUUACUUCAUUUUCGUGCAACUGUAUUUAGUCAGUUUUUUUAGGUUGGAUGUUACUGAAGAUUUUUGUUAUAAAGCCAUUAUAUUUUACCAAAUUCUAUUUCAGAAUAUUCCACUUACCUAUCAGAUCUUUCGUAGCACCAGUACCAAAUGCGAUUUUCCCGUUCUUUCUUACAAUGUUUACAUUCAGUUCUAGGCCUAUUAAUAGGUAGUUUUCGCCGCACGAUGUUAACCUUAACUUAGUUAAGGUGUUAGUACCCAACAUACAACACGAUAGCUCCACCUCUUUUGUAAACAAC